AUGGCAGAGGAAGAAGAUAGUUGGGAUCAAGUAAUUGAUUCAGACCAGAGCAUGAGUGAAGAAGAUGGAUCUCACAUGGAAGACUCAUGGCCCGAGGAAGGUGUUGAUGAAGGUCUUGACGACUAUGGUCAAGAACCAGGCAGAGAAGAACCUGAGCCUGAACCACCAGAAUUUGUUCACUGCAGUUCAAGCCAGAGGAGGUGGUAUGAAGAAGAAGAAGCCGCAUGGGGAGAGAAACACCAUGAGGAGGAGGACACUAGAGAAGAGUCUUGGACAAAAGAUGAUAGCUCUCAAGGAGAAUAUGAGCAACCUGGAAGUUGUGAAGAGCUGAACACUACACAGCCUUACAGUGCACUGAGAACUGUCUUGAGCAGUCCAUUCAAACCCUCUCACGUCGCCAAACAUAAGGUUCACUCUAACUCUAGUUAUCAUUCUACUAAUGAACUUGAACUUUAUGCAUUUUCAGGAAAGAGUAAUUACUUAGAGUGGGAAAGAAAUUUAGAUGAGUGGCUAUACUAUAACCGCAUCCUUAAGGAGCAGAGAUUAGGUUAUGCAAUUGGCCAACUCAAAGGAAGUGCUUAUCAAUGGUGGUUGCAAGAAGAAGAUGAUCGCUGGUUUUACAAAGAGCCAACCAUCUCUACUUGGGGAGAGCUUAAAGUCGUGCUGCGGAAUAAGUAUGCACAAGGAGUUUCAAGAUGUUUCCUCAACCCCAAAGGAGCUAAACCAGCUCGACCAGAAAGUCUUAGAGGCCAAGGUAAGCAUUAUGUUCCUAACAAAUCUUUAGAUUUGACGAGCUAUAAGUGUAAAGACAGGGGAUAUACUGCCAAGGAAUUCCAAAGAAAAGGAGCUGCAUCCCUUGCAAGUUCAUGUUACCAAAAACCUAUUGCUCAAGUGAAUGAGAAGAGAGGAAUUCAACCUGACCAGGCAGAGGUAAGUAUUUUUGAGAGUUUUCGAAAAAUUGAACAGCUCUUUGAUAAAUUUGUACACUUAUAUAAGACCACCAAGGUUGAGAAAGAUCAAACUAGUUGUUGUGAUAAACAAGUGAAUCAUAAACAAGAAAUUGUUUUAGCCUCUAACACUGAAAACGAUCAAGCUAAAUUAUCUCCACAUGUUUACCAAUAUCCCAUGGCUGGUAUGAUGCACUUGUCUCUUUCCAAAAGUGUUGAAACAGGUACAGAACCUAAGGGAGAGCAAAGUAGGCGAGCUGAACCUGAAGAGGAGACUUCACCCAAACUAAGUUCCCUAGAGCUUGAGCCGCCUGACCCAGGUAAGUCUUCUAACCCUUUCAAUUUACCUGAACUAAUAUGUUAUAGAUGUCAAGGCAUAGGUCACAUGGCUAAGACAUGCCCAACCAAAAGACUUUUCAGAGCAAAAGCUCUAGAACCUAAAAUUGAUGCUGCUAAAGAGAGUGAUAUUUUUAAUAAAUCUGAUAUUAAUAUUCUCAAUACUAGCAUGAUACACUUGUCUUUGCCAAAGGAUAUUGAUACAGGUCAAGGAACGAAAAAGGAGCUAGCCGAUCAAGGAGUGAUCCUAUCAUACUUGCUCAAAGGAGAACCCCCUGACGUCCCACACAUCCCCAAGGAGCAGAAACACCAAGGUAAGGUUCAAAACUCCAAAAAUCGAAUGAAAACUAACUUGCUUUCUCUUGGUGCAGGAGCUAUAGUUUCGAGGUCGAAACCUUUUCAAGAGGGAGAGUAUGAUGAGGACAUCAAGUCGUCAUCAGCUGAGGAGCACGGAAUCCAGAGCCCAGAGGAGGAGAGCAUGAACCUGAGGAGAGCUAAGGAGACAAGCAAGCUAUGUCUAGCUCAAGUAGAGGACGACAUCAAACAUACAAGCUCAACCAACACUUGGAGAACAUACUCAACUCAUACAGAGUUCACCUCGAAGAAGAAUCAACUCAAAGGGAUUCUAGAUGAAGAAGAUAUUGAAGAUACAUUCUGGAAGAUCUUCAAUGGAUCCGCAGGGGAGAUAGGUCCACUCCUCGAAUUAUUCCGGUCGAAACAGAAGGAUCCAAAAUACAAACCCAAUUGUUUUGGAUUCUCAACUCAUCAGAGGAAGAUGGAAAAUUGGAUUCGCGGUCAAAUUCAAUUUGGUUCAAGAGUUACUGAAUUUACAAUUCGGGUAAACCGGAAAUUUCCCGAUUUGGACCAAGGCGUGCUAUUUGGAGGAUUCCGAGCAAACCAGAAGGACUUAAGCUACAAACCGGCAUGUUCUGGAAUUAUGAGGCAAUCAGGGAUAUCUUCGAAUUGGAUUCGUUCCAAUACCGGUUUUGGUUUAGAAGUUAUUCAACUUCUAAACCAGGUGAUGCUCAACUUGCCUUAUUUGGGAGCUCACGGGUUUGAUCACUUACAAACUCGACUUUGGCCACCAGGAGAUACAUCUAUACAUUCAGGAGGCACAUCUAACCGUCCAGGAGGGCCUUACAGCAGCUUCCCGUGCACCAGAAUCCACAGGAUCAGGCGGAUCCCAUUGUUUGUGAACUUUUCUUUUCUGGAUGCAUUCACACUUGGAGGAAUAUCUCUCCAACGGCUCUUUCUACUUUGCUGCUGCGUUUUGAAGACUCAUUCACUGUACCUAGACGUCCCAAGGUUCCACUCCUUCACGCCCACGAUAUCAAGAUACAAGGAGCCUCCAACUUUCCUUAUUUGGUCCGAUUUUGUCAUCAAGCUUCCAACGGCUCUAUUGUUCAUUCAUUGCUGCGAUUUCUUUACUUGUUUUAGCUUUAGACCGUUGUACUAG